AUGGCGCCUAAGAAAAAUGUUCGGAAGGGAGCUGCGAAGCAAGCAACUGUCGAUGGUGGACCGCUGUUCGCCGGAUUAGGGAAGGGGCUAAUCAUGAUUCCGCAGCAGGAUGAAGGCUUCCAAGUUGAGGGACAGCUGCGGCAGGGGGUGCGAGUGACUGUAGGAGGCGGAGGGGUUGGAGGUGAAGGGGGGGACGGCGAUGAUGGUUCCUCAUCAUCUAGUUUUUCAAGUAGUGACUCUGGAGAGGGAAGCGAAUCGGAGUACGAGGAGGAGGAGGGGGAUGGCGCGAAGGAUGACGAGGAAAUGGAGGAUGUGGAGGAGGAGGGAGGAGAGAGGAGGAGGAGGAGGAGGAGGAGGAGGAGGAGGAGGAGGAGAGGAGGGGAGGAGGAGGAGGAGGAGGAGGAGGAGGAGGAGGAGGAGGGGAGUCCUCUGAGGGCGGGGAAGGAGGGAACGCGUGGUGGUGCGGGGGGGUGGGGAAAAAGCGCAAGAGGUACGAUGGACCAGUUUAUGGCGCCAAAGUUGGCGAAGAGGGAGUUGCAAGCCGCCAUUGCGAAGUUCGUGGUGAUGACCGACAGCUCCUUCCGCGUCGUCGACAAUGACGCGUUCAAAGAAAUGCUCACAUUGGCCAACCCUCUCUGCGGGAAUCCAAAUGUCCUUCCAUCUCGCUGGACGGUUGCCCGUGACGUGACGAGGUACGCCGACAUGGCACGGGCAUUGGCCAAGGCCGAGCUGGAGCUGGCGGGAGGAGGAGGUAUUGCCAUUGUUCAGGUCCAGAAAGCGCUCGCUGUGGACACGGUUAAGGAGGCCCUGAAGCGCAUCCGUGACAUGGCCACAUUCGUUGGCCUGUCACCUAAGCGCAUGGCGCGCUUCAGGAAGGAGCUGAAGGAUUCGUAUCCUGCAUUGCGGGACCUUAAGCUGGGCACGACCAAGGAAGAGAAAGAGAAGUACGCAUCUUUGCGCAUGACGGAUGAUAACUGGGCGGCCCGGCCCGGCCCAUGCUCAUCCCUAGAGGAGACCUGCUGUCGCAUCCUCGUGCCCAUGUUCAACCUCUGUCUCUCUCUGUGUCUGACCUCUCCACCUCCCUUGAUUCCACCAGAUCCUAGUGACGUUGGUCUUUAUAAGCACUCUCUCUUUGGUUCCAUUCACACUCAUGCUCUUCUUUCCCUCUACUUCUUUCCCUAUCGCUCCUCUCCCUCUUCCCCUCUCUAUCUACCAGAUCCCAGUGUUACUGGUGUUUAUAAGCACCUCUCCCUCCGCUCGCAUUCACGCUCAUGCCCUUCUUCCCCCCUUGCCCUCUCCCUGUUUCUUCCCUCUCCCUGUUUCUUCCCUCUCCCUGUUUCUUCCCUCUCCAUGUUAUCUCCCUCUCCCAGUUUCUUCCGUCCCUGUUUCUUCCCCUCUCCCCGCUUUCUCCCUCUCCCUGUUUCUUCCCUCUCCCUGUUUCCUCCCUCGCCUUGUUUCCCUCCGGCCCAACUCCUCUGA